AUGGACUUUGAAUGUGAUGCAUUUGACAGAUACUGGCAUCCUCAGCUGAAGUGCUGCAGAUAUUGGGGGUCAUGCGUUCAACCAGCUGCAGUUUUGCAACCCAAGAAAAAGGUGAACUUAUGCGUAACAACUGCUUUCAUGAUGAACUUUCGGAAAAAAAAAAUCAAAAAAACUCCCUGGCAAUCUUCAGAAACACUAGCUGUGACUGUAAUUACUCCGUGGUCUUUGAUGGCUGUUCCAUCUGACAGCACUCUGGCACCUUUCCUCAUUGACGUGGACUUAUGCACUGCUGCUUCAUGGAUGACAGGUUCAUUGGUUUGGGUAGGAAAGUUUCUAUUACAGCUCUUAACAUCAAGCAACUUUCAGCUUUUAAAAACCCUUUGUGAAAAUCCUGGUAACAGCCCUCUAGCGCUGACUGUAGAAUGA